AUAAAGCAUGAUGUAUUUGUUUAUGUGCAUAAUGCUUUUCAAUUUAACUAUACCAUUUUUAGUUGACCUACUAGCAAAUUAAAAACAAAGAUUAUCACGGUGAUUCUUAUAGCGUUUAAGCUGAUAUAAUAGUUUUAAAAUUGUUAAAACACAGUUUCAAUUGUCGGUUAGAGUCUUAGUCUAAAAUGGUUAACAGCAGCGGAGAUGAGUUCCAGGAGCUGAAGGUCGCAGAUACCUUCGCCCAUAAAGGUGCAAAUAAAGAAGAACCCACAACAUUCAAGAUGACAGCCGUAUGUCCGCCAGAAAUGCGAAAAGAGUUGCGAAUUGCGUUUGACUCUGUGGACGACGACAGAAGCGGGUCCAUCUCGGCGGACGAGUUGUACAAACUGUUCAACAACUUCAGAGUGGACAUUGACGAGGAUGAGACGGAGGAACUGCUGCAGAACCUCGACAUGGACGGCAACGGGGAGAUAGACUUCGAUGAGUUUGUGGAGAUCAUGAUGAGUGCGAUGGAGGACGAGGACGAGAUGAUAGAGGCCUCCUUCAAGGAGUUCGACGUCGACAACGACGGAUUCAUUCAAGUCAAUGAACUCAGGUACGUGCUGCAGUACCUGGGCGAAAACGGCAUCAGCGAGCGAGACAUGAAGAAAAUGAUCAAAAAUGCAGACUACGAUGGAGAUGGAAAGGUCGACUUGGAGGACUUCAGACGCCUGUGGAAAGAACACUGAAGAAUAUUUGUAUUCAACUAGAAAUAACUCACAGCUGAUUAAAACUCACGGUGGAAAAAUAGAAAAUUGCGGAAAACUUUUAUAGAAACUGUGAAAUAUAAUUUUGUUCAUUUAAAUGACGUCAACAUUUUAAUGAGAAGCUUCAUAAAACUU